AUGAAAUCUUCGUCUCCUUCUUUGCAUGGUUUUAUGCUUAGUAAUGGCGAGGUGGUUAAAGAUUCUGAAAAGAUGUGCGAGGUUGCGGCAAUCCAUUAUGAGGAUCACUGUAAAGAGCCAGAGGUUUAUCGUCCACAUCCGUACACCGAUGCUCCGGAAGUUGUUUGGGACAAUUAUGAAGAAAAAAUUCCACCUUGUUCCUUUGAAGAGGUAGUGGAUGUUGUUUGUCAUCGAAAAAAGAAGAAAUCGCUGGAUGCUCAUGGAAUAUUGAACUUUAUUUUCAAUUUUCUACCUCUUUUAUUCUGGUUUCUCUUUGUUAAAAUAGUCAAUCAUUCGUUUUCGGAAGGAAUAGUGCCUGAAAUGUGA